UCUCUCUCUAGAUAUCUUUCUCUCUCUUACUCAAUAACACACACACGCAAAUACAAUGGCAAGCAGUGCAGGUGCACCGGUGUCGAAGUCGUCGAAGUACUCGAACAGCAAGAUAAGUAGACAUGACUUCGAUCGGGAUUUUGUUUUUGGUGCUGCUACUUCUGCUUAUCAGAUAGAAGGUGCUUAUAAGGAGGCUGGAAAAUCCAUGAGUGUUUGGGACACCUACACCCUAACCAAACCUGCUAGAAUAUCCGAUGGUAGCAACGGUUGUCUAGCUAUUGACCACUAUCACAGAUUCAAGGAAGACGUUGCUUUGAUAAAAAAGUUAGGCUUAGAUGCUUACAGGUUUUCAAUUGCAUGGACCAGAAUAUUGCCAGGUGGGAGAUUGGCGGCUGGUGUUAAUAGAGAUGGCGUAAAGUUCUAUAAUGAUAUCAUAGACCUGUUGCUCUCCCAAGGAAUUGAGCCCUAUGUAACUAUAUUCCACUGGGAUACUCCAAGUUGCUUGCAAUACGAGUACGGUGGAUUUGAAAGCCCAAAAAUAGUGCAAGAUUUUGCAGAGUUUGCAGAAGUGUGCUUCUUCGAGUUCGGUGACCGUGUAAAACACUGGAUCACGACAAAUGAGUCGUGGACAUACACCCACCAUGGUUACAUAAAUGGAUCCUUUCCACCUAACCACGGUUCGUAUUCAACCGGAGGAAGUUCAUCCGAAACGACGACACACAGAUGUGCUCGUGGAGUUGACCAAAGUGUGCUCGGUCGAUCGAACCCUGGGACGGAACCCUAUUUGGUUGCACACCAUUUAAUUCUUGCUCAUGCAGCUGCUGUUGAAAUAUACAGAAGAGAUUAUCAAGAGGUCCAAGGAGGCACAAUAGGUGUCACGCAUGUAUCAAAGUGGUUUGAACCUUUAACAGACACUGAAGAAGAUAAAAAAGCUGCUUCAAGGGGUGUUGAUUUUAUGUGGGGAUGGUUUGUAGCACCGAUGGUGACAGGUGAUUAUCCCCCUGUUAUGAGGGAGCGAUUAGGAAACCGGCUACCGGUAUUUACAGAGGAGCAGAAAAAGUUAGUAAAAGGAUCAUUUGAUUUUAUUGGUUUAAAUUAUUACACCACAAAUUAUGUGACUUACAAACCUACCCCAAACGGUACCCCACCAACUUAUUAUACUGAUCAAGAAGCUGCUUUCCUCACCGAACGAAAUGGUAUUCCAAUUGGGGAGCAGGGUGGUUCGAAAUGGUUGUUCGUUGUCCCCGAAGGAUUCUACAAGCUGAUAGUGCACACGUAUGAAGUAUAUAAUGAUCCAUUGAUUUAUGUCACGGAGAACGGUUAUUGUGAAGUAAAUGAUAAGAGCUUAACAAUUACUCAGGCUCGUGUUGAUAAGAAAAGGAUCAAAUACCAUCAAGACCAUCUCGCCUCGAUGAAGGAAGCCAUUGACAAGGGUGCAAGGGUUAAGGGAUAUUUUGUGUGGUCAUUAGUUGAUAAUUACGAAUGGGCCGAAGGAUAUACAGUUCGAUUUGGGAUGAUUUACGCAGACUACAAGAAUGGAUUAACGAGGUACCCAAAGAUCUCGGCUAUUUGGUUUAUGAAUUUCUUGAAAAAACCAUUUUUAAAUGACGAGAGGCAAGUUGAAGAAAUUGAAGAAGAUAACAACAAUCUAGUGAAAAGGGGUAUGAAAUGGUUAUUGGUCUAGAGAGUUGUUUUUUUCCGUUAGGAAGAAAUUAAAUCAUGUAGUGUGUUUUCAGUUUCUAUUAUUUUGUAUUUG